GACUUCCUUGUUUGGAGUAAACUUUGGUAACAUUUGAUGGCUAAGGGGUUUGCGUUUCCAUCUGUUGAUGUGCUUUCUGGAAGCUCCCCGGCCUGCCAGAGAAAAAACAUAUCCAGAAGACGCACGACGCCAAUUCAGCCAUUCCCUUGUGUCCCCAGAUCCCCCCAGCCUCCAGAGAAGCAAGGAGAAGCUGAAGCGGAAAACAGACGUGCCUGGGGCGCGCGGGCUCCGCGGUCGGCGGAGAGCAGCGUGGCCAGGCGGGGAUCUCGACGCCCACCUCCCCGCCCAGUCCACGCGCUCGGGCGCGCGACCUCCCUUCCUAACACUCCUCCCGCCGCUUCAGGAACUCGGCUCGGAGAUGGGGCAGUCGCGAGGGCUCCCGUCUCCGCCGAGCGCCUAGGGCUGUAGCGGUUGACGUUGGGUCCCAGCGCCUGUCUCCAGCGCGCUGCCGGGCUGAGAGUGAUAGCACGGCGCGGCCGGGGGAGGAUUCGCCGCCGAGCCCCGGGCUGCGCGCUCCGCCGCGGGGGCACCCCGAACGCCGCUGGCCGCGCAGCGAGGCCCCUGCCCGGCCGGCCGAGCCAUGACGGACUCCAGCAGCAGGAAGGAGGGCUUCAAAAAAUGCCGGAGCGCCACUUUCAGCAUCGACGGCUACAGCUUCACCAUCGUUGCAAAUGAAGCUGGAGACAAGAAUGCUAGACCGCUGGCCCGCUUCUCUCGGUCUAAGUCACAGAACUGUCUGUGGAACUCCCUCAUCGAUGGGCUUACAGGGAAUGUCAAGGAGAAGCAACGGCCAACAAUUGUCCACGACCCUCGACCCCCAGAGGAAAUCCUAGCGGAUGAAUUGCCACAGCUGGAUAGCCCAGAAGUCUUGGUGAAGACAUCCUUCAGAUUACGGUCUUUGGUCAAACAGUUAGAGAGAGGGGAAGCUUCAGUGGUAGAUCUUAAGAAGAAUUUGGAAUAUGCAGCCACGGUGCUUGAAUCUGUAUACAUUGAUGAAACCAGGAGACUCCUGGAUACAGAGGAUGAGCUAAGUGACAUUCAGUCAGAUGCUGUGCCUUCUGAGGUCCGAGACUGGCUGGCCUCCACCUUCACGCGGCAGAUGGGAAUGAUGCUCAGGAGGAGCGAAGAGAAGCCUAGGUUCAAGAGCAUCGUUCACGCAGUGCAGGCUGGGAUAUUCGUGGAGAGAAUGUAUAGACGGACAUCAAACAUGGUUGGACUGAGCUAUCCACCAGCUGUUAUUGAGGCAUUAAAGGAUGUGGACAAGUGGUCCUUUGAUGUCUUUUCCCUCAAUGAGGCCAGUGGGGAUCAUGCAUUGAAAUUUAUUUUCUAUGAACUACUCACACGCUAUGAUCUGAUCAGCCGUUUCAAGAUCCCGAUUUCUGCACUUGUCUCAUUUGUGGAGGCCCUGGAAGUGGGAUACAGCAAGCACAAAAAUCCUUACCACAACUUAAUGCACGCUGCUGACGUUACACAGACAGUGCAUUACCUCCUCUAUAAGACAGGAGUGGCGAACUGGCUGACAGAGCUGGAGAUCUUUGCUAUAAUCUUCUCAGCUGCUAUCCACGACUACGAGCAUACCGGAACCACCAACAAUUUCCACAUUCAGACUCGGUCUGAUCCAGCUAUUCUGUACAAUGACAGAUCUGUACUGGAGAAUCACCAUUUAAGUGCAGCCUACCGCCUUCUGCAAGAUGAUGAGGAAAUGAAUAUUUUGAUUAACCUCUCAAAGGAUGACUGGAGGGAGUUUCGAACCUUGGUAAUUGAGAUGGUGAUGGCCACAGAUAUGUCUUGUCACUUCCAACAAAUCAAAGCAAUGAAGACUGCUUUGCAGCAGCCAGAAGCCAUUGAAAAGCCGAAAGCCUUAUCCCUUAUGCUGCAUACAGCAGAUAUUAGCCAUCCAGCAAAAGCGUGGGACCUCCAUCAUCGCUGGACAAUGUCACUUCUGGAGGAGUUCUUCAGACAGGGAGACAGAGAAGCAGAGCUGGGGCUGCCUUUUUCUCCUCUGUGUGACCGAAAGUCCACUAUGGUUGCUCAGUCACAAGUAGGUUUCAUUGAUUUCAUCGUGGAACCCACCUUCACUGUGCUUACGGACAUGACCGAGAAGAUUGUGAGCCCACUAAUCGAUGAAACUUCUCAAACUGGCGGGACAGGACAGAGGCGUUCGAGUUUGAAUAGCAUCAGCUCGUCAGAUGCCAAGCGAUCAGGUGUCAAGAGCUCUGGUUCAGAGGGAAGUGCCCCAAUCAACAAUUCCGUCAUCCCCAUUGACUAUAAGAGCUUUAAAGCUACUUGGACCGAAGUGGUGCACAUUAAUCGGGAGAGAUGGAGAGCCAAGGUGCCCAAAGAGGAGAAGGCCAAGAAGGAAGCAGAAGAAAAGGCUCGCCUGGCUGCAGAGGAGCAGCAAAAGGAAAUGGAAGCCAAAAACCAGGCUGAAGAAGGCGCAUCUGGGAAAGCUGAGAAAAAGAUGUCUGGAGAAGCUAAGAAUCAAGUCAGUGGAACGCAGGCAAACAAAAGUGACAACCCUCAUGGGAAAAAUUCCAAAGCUGAGAAAUCAUCAGGAGAACAGCAACAGAGUGGUGACUUGAAAGAUGGUAAAAAUCAGACAGACAAGAAGGAUCACUCUAACAGCGGAAAUGAUUCAAAGAAAACAGAUGGCACAAAGUGGCAUUCUCAUGGCUCACCAGGCCCAAGCACCAGCUCCACAAGUCACCUUACAUUGCCAGUCAUCAAGCCUCCUUUGCGUCAUUUUAAACGCCCUGCUUAUGCAUCUAGCUCCUAUGCACCUUCAGUCGCAAAGAAAACUGAUGAGCAUCCUGCAAGGUACAAGAUGCUGGAUCAGAGGAUCAAAAUGAAAAAGAUUCAGAACAUCUCACAUAACUGGAACAGAAAAUAGGCCGAGGGGAAGAAGAGAGGGGCAUGAAGGAUGGUCUACCUAUCUGCUUCUCAGCACCCACUGGCCACAGCAGGACAUACCUCCAAGCCACUAGGAGGCUGUUGGGGCAGGGACUAUCCUGGUUGAUUCCACCAAGGCAAAACUAAAGUUGUACAUGAUAUUCCUCUUUGUUGUUCUUAUAUAGACUCAUCAGUUGCUGGAUGUGGGAUCAGCCCAGACUCCAGCAACAAACUACCAAGAGGGGUGUUUUUAUGAUAUAGGUCUCUAAAAGUCUAAACUGGACCAAAAUUAAAAUGAAACAAACUUUAAAACAACAUAAAAUUUCUCUCAUUGCCACUUUUGCAUCUCUAAAAGUUGACUUGCCCCCAAAAGAAUAUUGGUUUAAUAAUCACCAUAUUUAAGACAUGCACUGCUAAAAACAAAUUUUCCAAUUUUAAACACACCUAUUUAAAAUGUAAAUACAUUUAUUUAAACUUCAAGUAAAUAUGUAACUUUCAAAGUAAAUGUAUUCAAAACAGAAGUUGUGCUUCUGAAUGUAAAAAUAUUGAAAGGAAGAGAAGAACUGAUGAAUUAUUAUAUUCAUGGACAUUUCAGAAUUCACACUUAAAGCAAAUCCAAGUUUAAAAAAAAAAAAAGACUUUUGGCUUCUAAACAUGUGCAUCAUGCCCAAUAGCCUCAUGCACCUUUAAGGAUUUGAAGGUUUGCAGGAGAUGCAUUUGGAUUCGUUUCUUCUAAUCUUUUACUUCUACCCAGAGUAGAGGAUACUAAAAAUCAUGCCUAAAAGACUGCAGGUUUGAGAGUCAAUGCAAAAGAUGUCAGUUUGAUUUUUGUGGUCCUAGACCAGGAGGGUAUAAAAUUCUAAGCCUAGUUUAAAUUAUUUAUUUUCAGAUUUUUCUGGACUGAAAAUAAAGAAUUUAAACUAGGCUAGAGAUGCCUUUAAGUUACAUUUCGGAUCCUCUUCCCAGAAGGCUACAAAUCUAAAGCCCUUGAGAUCCCAACUGCUCUCACAGUUGUUGGUGGAAUCCAUUGCUUUAUAACUCACCUCUCUUCAUGGUGGCAUUUUUAGCCCUUCUGUGUCUCUCCCUAGAAUUUUCACUUUGAGACUAGCACAGAAGUAGCAAGGAAAGGCUCAAGAUUAGAGAUAGCUUUCAAUCUCUUCAGAAAUAUCCUGGUGCAGCGAGAAAACUAGGUUUGUUUUCAGGCCAGUCUGAUCUUCAUCCUGUUCUUUCUGUAACUAGUUGCAGGUCCUUGGUCUGAAGGUGUAAUUUUUUGAUGCCCCCAUCUGCUUAACUAGAAACUAGGAUUCAUUAUACUCACUCUGAACUUUGUGUUGAAGAUUAAUGAUAAUGUAGGUUUUGGUUGCUGUUGCUGAGUCUGGCUAGUAAUAGGUACACAAUAGAAGUAGCUAAGAGCAUUUCAUAAUCAGGAUGAACUCUCCAGGACAGCCCCACAAAGAAGGAGCUGUUUGUUCCUGGAUGGCCUCAAUCUUUGAGGCUUGAUUGUAAAGAGUUUAGUGUCUUCUUCUCUCAUUCCUCACAGUUCAUUUCCAAUAAACUGCAGUUAUUCAAGUUUAGCAAGUUGUAGAAUUUAGUACCCAUCAUGUUCUUGAGCAGUUUAUUUAUAAUGCGCUUUACGAUGAUACUUGAGAGAAAUUUAACUGCUAUACAAAAAGAAAAAUCACUGUGACUUUUUGUUAAGGAGGCGAUUGCAAUCUUAGCUCCCUGCCUGGUGUCUGGCUUAGAAGACCUUUAUGCAGGCUGGUAGUGUCUGUUCCAUCUGGAUUAGCUUAACUCAAUAGGUAAUUCUUAUGUUUAUACACAGAUUCUUUAGUGCUUGCUGUACAAAGUCAUUUGGCGACACAAUGAGGAGGACCAUGGGAGCAGUAGCCUCCUCAAAUAAUGUUCUCUAUCUAUCUGUCAAUAGCUUCCAUCUUAGAUAUUGAGAAUUCAAUGAGGCUGUGUUUUCUUGGCCGUGCUUCUUGAUGUCGGAAGCCAUGUUCCUAGGGAAGAAAUCUCGUUCUGUAUUAUUUUCUCUUAAGAUGUGAUUUUGUUCAUCCUUUGCUAAUAUUUUAAUCGAGUCAAUGUACAGAUGUUGAGAUUUUGCACUGCUUUUAAAAUGCCUACCAUGUUUUUUGCAAGAUGGAUUGUAUAGAAAUGCACACUAUAUUCUUAUAGUAAAUAAAAAAAGAUGCUUUCAACAG